AUUCCCCGCAACGAGCGGACGCUAGAAGGAGGGGCUGCUUGAGUAAACGGAGCAGACGGGACCGCGAGUGGUGUGUGAUUAUUCCGAGGGGACAGGGCUCGGGCGGGAGCCCGGCGUUCAAAAGGGACAGGCCUAGCUUCACGCGGGCUCUUCCGGUCCGGCGGGAGGGAAGUGACGUCGUGGGCCCGCUCGGCCGGCGGGGGGGCGGCUUGCUACCUGGAACGUUAACGGGCUACGCGCGGGCCCCGGGCCGGCCCAGAUUCUGGCAGCGCUGGACGCUCACGUGGUCUGCCUGCAGGAGACACGCCUGACCAGUACGUCCCGCGGAGCAAAGGGCGUAAAGAAGGCGGGGAGACCAACUGGACGAUUCCCUGACGCAGGUGGAGGGCUACACCUCUUACUUCAGCUGCUGCCGCACCCGCUUGGGUUACUCUGGGGUAGCAACAUUCUGUCGGGCGGAGGCCACACCUGAGGCAGCAGAGGAAGGGCUCUCAGGGCUGCUGGCUGCGCCGGGCGCCAUGGGCAGCUACGUGGACAGUGGCAGCUUCAGCCCUGAGGAACUGGCAGUGCUGGACAGCGAGGGACGUGCCUUGGUCACCCACCACCGCAUCCGGAUGCCAUGGGGGGCAGAGACUAUGCUGACGGUACUGAACGUCUACUGCCCCCACGUUGGCCCCCGGCAACCACUGCACCCUGUACCCCAGCACCGCUUCCUGCAGCUGCUGCGCAACCGUGCCCUCAGCCUGCUGCACCAUGGCAGCCACGUGGUGAUCAUGGGGGACCUGAACAUAGCGCAUCGGCCCAUUGACCACUGCCAGCCUGGAGACCCUGAAGCAUUUGCAGCCAACCCAGCACGGUGCUGGCUGGACGAGCUGCUGUCGGGAGAUGGGAGUGGGGGUCUCUUCGUGGACACCUUCCGGUUGCGGCACCCAGGGCAGCGCCAGGCCUUCAGCUGCUGGCGAGGGGGCACAGGGCUAGGGGUGCGGGCAGCCAAUCAGGGCACACGGCUGGACUACAUCCUGGCAGACCGCGUACUGGCACUGGGGGCACUGGCUGGUGCCUCCCUGCUGCCCUCAGUGCUGGGCUCCGACCACUGCCCAGUGUUGGCUCAGCUUGGUGGUGCAUUUGUGCCUGCCCCCCACCCCCCUGCCCUGGCUACCCGCCGCACCCAGCUGAGUCUCCGCCCCUUCUUGGCACCCCGGGGACCCCCUGCCCCACUUCCCGGCCCCAGUGGAGCCAGGAAGAGGCUAGCACCAACCCACCUGCCACAGAUGGGGGACCUGCGGAGGUACUUCAAGGUGAAGGGGCCAUCCCCGGAUGCACUGGGGGAGUGUGGAGAAAAGCUGUCCCCAUAUGCACUGGGGCAGAAACAGCAGGAGCCACUACACGAUGCAACAGUGCAGAGCCUGAAGGAGAUGGAAGUUGCGCAGACUGGGCUGGAGCAAAACAACCAGGAGCCAUGCCCUAGGAAAGCAUGGACAGGGAAUAGCCCAACAUGCCAAGGGGUCACGUGGACAAAUGACAACCCAGCAUUCACUGGGCCCGAGGGACCUGCGGAUAUACUUCAAGGUAGAGGGUGGGGCAACACAGGCAAGCACCCUCCCAAAAGACACUUGCCCUAUAGUGAUGGGGCCCACCCACAGUGCCAUGGGGCACAGCCUAUCCCCAGAGGCACUGGAGCAUAGUGCCUUGGUGAUGGGUAGUACCCAUGGGCCCCUGGGUCAGGUACCCUGCCAUGCUGCACCAGCCCAGACACAGGCUUGGGCCCCACCUACAGGCCCCACUCUGACUGCCCUGGACACUUGGGUUCUGUGGGAGGGGAGGGUCAGCUAGUGGGAGUGGGGCAUUAGUUGUCUGGACUCCUGGGCCACAGCUGGUUGAAAGUGUAACAACCUGGCCCAUCCCCCCCCUAGUUUAUUUUGCUCUCUUUUAACCCCAAACUGGCCUCUAUUUUUGAUAAAUAAAGAUAUGAAAAGACCUGGUGUGGGACUUAAACCUCCACAAGGCUGUGACACUUGGGUUCUCUCUCCAGACUCUGUGGGGGGUGGGGGAUGAGGUAGGCUGUCCCCCUGGCCCCCAGCUUCUUCUUGUGGCUCAGCCCCAAUAAGAGCCUGGUUGAAUCAGUGGUCUCCCCUGCAGCCAGGGUUCUUUCCCAGCCCACGGGCUGGGGGUGGGACGGACUGUUCCUUCCUAGAUACCACUGGGUUCUCUCCUGGCUCUGACGG